AUGGUGAACAGCCACCCACAUCUGCACCGGAGGGCAGUUGCCCAGGAUGGGUCUUCCGAUGGCGUGGCCAACCUUUUGAAUGGCUCCGACACCUUCCACACUUUACGGCGCAAGCAGAACGCUGCGCGAUCGACAAUUUACAAGACCGUCUACACUACCUUGAAACCCACCUUCGAAGGUGCUAUUGGCGGUUAUUCGACGGGCUCCAACGACGAUGAUAAGACGACGACCGCAAGGGCAGCGACCACCACGGAAGACGCAGCGACUAAGGAAACUACGACAAGGAAAGCACAGGCAACGAAAGAGACAACGACUUCCGAGGCUGCUGCCACAACCAAGGCGACUACCAAGGCAAAUUCAAAGACGGAUACUUCGUUGCCGGAAUCCAUCGUACUCUCGACCACCGGUACCGUCAAUGACAAUAGUCUGGUGAUAGCCACAAACGACCCGACGACACCUGCGACAACUGCGACAAUGGCUGCGACAACGCAGGCCGUUACUGGUACCAAUGCGGCAUCUUCGUCUACCUCGACUUCGUUAUCGUCAGGCUCCAGCGGUGGAUCUGGCUCUGGAGCAAAGGCCGGUAUCGCUAUUGGUAUUUUGGCCGGUCUUUUGGUAGUUGGAAUGCUCGUCUUCUUCCUGUUCAACAGGCGCAAGAAGCAGAUGGAGAAGCAGCGUAUCGCGGACGAUGAGAAAGUUCAGGGUCCAUUUGGAGGAGCGGACUCCAACUUUGUCGUAACAGAGUCGAAGCGGCCCGAUUCCGUUCACACGACGCGUACCACCGCUACCGCACCGCGCCUGAGCUUGCGACCCGUCACGCAGUUCCUGCCAAAUUUUGGUGAGCGACGAUCCAGCAAGGGCGCCGCUAUUGCCUUGGCUGUUACCACUCCAACGCAUAAGCACACUCCCAACAGUCGCCCUGUUGAUGGUAGUCUGCGGGAAAAUUCUAUGACUAGCCAAAGCAACAACGAGGAGAACCCCUUUGGCAGCGGUGCACAGCGGAUCGAGUCUCAACAGAAUGUGCAGCGAUCAGUUGGUAAUGAUGAGUCUAUCAAUCCCUUCAACGCCCCCGAAAAUAUUGUAGGGUUUGCCACUAGUACCAACUCGCCGCCAGAGAGUUCCAACAUUGCUGAGGUUGCUAUUGCUGAAGUCGGGGCGGGGGCAGUCGCAGGUGCUGCUGUCGCUGCUACUCCGAUGAAGCGCAAGCAAUCCAUCCGAAAGGAUGCUCCCCAGGCGCUUGAUCUGACUCGCGGAGCUACACUUCCCACCAUCCAUGCCCAACCCAGUCCAACUGGCACGGAAUACAGCUUCACGUCUGUCGCCACUGGCCAAUCUCCCGGACCUUCCCAGAGCGCCAAUGCCAUUGCUGCUGCCGGUGGUCCCGCUUCUUCAACUGUGCACCGUGUGCAACUCGACUUCAAGCCUACUCUGGAAGACGAGAUGGGAUUGAGAGCUGGACAGCUGGUGAGACUCUUGCACGAGUACGAUGAUGGCUGGGCCCUCUGCAUCCGACUUGACCGCUCUCAACAAGGUGUUGUUCCGAGAACUUGCCUGUCAACUCGACCGGUGAAACCUCGCCCGACUGGUGGUCCUCCUGGAGCUCGUAACGGCCCACCUAGGAACCCUAAUGGACCCCGUGGCCCUCGAGGAGGUCCCAAAUACCCAGCUGCUCAGAGACCUAUGACUCCCCAAGGCGGCCCUACUCGCCCACGACCCGACUCUCCCAUCCGCCCAAUGACUGCCGGUGCACGACCCCAAUCCCCUGCAGUUAUGCCGCGACCUCAAUCUCCUGCCGGCGUGCCAUUACCCCAGUCACCCGCCGGUAUGCCUCGUGGUCAGUCUCCCGGUCCCAUGAGCCCCAACGCUGGUCGAAAUGCCUCGCCCGCGCCAAGGUCUAUGAUCCCUGUAUCACGCACGCAGUCACCUGGUCCGACGGAGAGAGGCUUCAGCCAGAGCAGACCAAGCCCAUCAGGUCCAAGCCCGAUGUACCCUGCCCCUGCUCCGGGUAGUAAUAUCCCCGUCAAACAAUACCAAGGACCUCCACGAGGCCCGGUUGGAAGAAAGCCUGUCCCUGGUCAAGCCUACUGA